AUGGUCCCAAUCCGUGAAGAUGUACCUGCGUGGUCGCGGACGCUUGGGGUAUUUGACUGGUUCUACUGCUGCUCCUGAACCUGCUGAUCCAUCUUAUGACGAAUGGGAGUUCGAGAAUUCUCUUAUCAUGGCGUGGCUGAUCAACUCAAUAGAGGUGGAUAUUGGUAAGACUUAUUUGUUUCUUUCCACUGCUCAAGAAAUAUGGGAAACUAUCCAGGAAGCUUUCUCAUAUUUGGAGAAUUCUGCUCAAGUUUUUGAACUCAAAUCUCGGCUUCGGGACCAGUGACAAAACUCUCUUACGGUAACUCAAUAUUAUGGUGUUCUUUAUAAUCUUUGGCAAGAAAUUGAUAUAUUUUAUGUUCCUGAAUGGAAAUGUUUAGCUGAUGCCUCAUUUUAUCAAAAAAUGCUUGAUCGAGAGAAACUUUUUGAUUCUCCAUGGACUUAACCGAGACCUCGAUGAGGUACAUGGUCGUCUCUUUGGAAAAAAAUCCUCUUCCCACCAGCAAAAGAGUCAUGAUGGGUUUCCCUCUUGCUGCUGAAACUGAGCAAUCUGCUCUCGCUGCCCGACGUCCUAAUAAUGGUGAUGAUUCUCGAGGGACUCGUCGUGAUCGUCCCUGGUGUACUCACUGCAGUAAGGUUGGUCAUACCAAGGAGACAUGUUGGAAGAUUCAUGGGAAACCUGCUGAUUGGAAACCUCGAUCCUCUAUUCGUAACAAUUCUGACAGCCAGGCCUUGACAGCAGCACCAACCAAGGCUUUCCCAUUUUCUCCAGCCCAAAUCACUCAACUCCAUCAGCUAUUGAGCACGACAACCAAUGCUUCCGCAUCUGAUCCUUCGUCUACUUCCACUCAAGGUACCUCUGCUGCCUUCAAUGCUCAAAAAUCUGCCUGGAUAGUAGACUCUGGGGCUUCGGACCACAUGACUGGUCAGUCCAGUCACUUUACCACUUAUACUCCUUGCCCAGGAUAUGUCCUCGGGGAAGAUGAUUGGGAAUGCAAAGGCAUGUAGCGGGCUAUAUUACUUUGAUCCGUUUCCUCCUGCUCAAGUUGAUAACGCUUUUAUUUCUGGUUGUAUUUCUACCAAUAAUAAUGAUAUAAUUCGGUGGCAUUAUAGGCAAGGUCACCCUAGUUUUUCAUAUUUAAAAUAUUUAUUUCCUAAGUUAUUUCAAAAUAAAGACUUGAGCUUACUUAAAUGUGAAAUUUGUCAAUUCGCCAAACAUACACGUGCUGUUUUUCGCUCUAUCCCCUACAAUUCAACUCAGCCUUUUAAUCUUAUUCAUAGUAAUAUAUGGGGACCAUCUAAAAUAACCAAUACUACAAAUACAAAAUGGUUUAUCACUUCUAUUGAUGAUCACACACGUGUUAGUUGGGUGUUUUUGCUUAAAUCCAAAUCUGAUGCUGCCAUGAUUUUUAAAAAUUUCCACUCUAUGGUCAAAAAUCAAUUCAAUGCAAAUCUCCAAGUCUUACACGCUGACAAUGGAACUGAAUAUUUCAACUCAAUCUUAGGUGAUUAUCUUCUUUCUCAUGGCAUUGUGCAUAAAAGUUCAUGUGCAGGCACACCCCAACAAAAUGGGAUUGCUGAACGAAAAAAUACACCUAUUGGAAAUUGCUAGAGCAAUUAUGUUCACAACCUCAGUUCCAAAACAUUUUUGGGAUGAGGCUAUCCUCACUUCUGCCUAUCUUAUCAAUAGAAUGCCCUCUUGAGUGUUGAACUUUCGCACUCCUCUAUCUAUGCUUCUCAAGGUAUAUCCAAAUACACUGCUGGUUUCUAA